AUGGAACGUAUUUAUUUCGCUUAUGUCUAUUCGAUAAUUAGCAUUUGCAAACAGAUCGUAAGUCAUAUGACUAAAUCAAAUCGAUAAAUGACGUCGAAUAAAAAAUGUAAAUUGUGUAUUAUUAUACUUAUAUGCCCACAAUAGGAGACGUUGACUAUCCCGCUGUUGACUUUCCCGUCGUUGGAACGCGAAAUGCGUUUUACAACAUUUGACGUGCAAUUCAUGAAUAAAUCUGCCGCUACACUGUUGGAAAGCACAUUUAAACAAUUCAACAAUAAACAAGCGUUGUUUCUUCGAUUCGUUAUACGCGAUGAAGUUGCUCAAUUUCACGUAAGUAUAAUAUUCAAUUUUUAGAGUUUGAAGUGACCUUGAGUGAACUAUAAAUAUUAUUAUCACGCAAUAUUUUUUUUUUGCGCAGGCAAAAGCCAGUGUACUUAGAUGCAAGGAUCAUUAUGUCGAUUGUCAAAAUGUUAUAUCCUACGAUAUGAGCGAUAUUUGUUCGAAAUUAGGAUUGUUAACGUAUUUUUUGAAAGACUCACCCCAAGCAAUAAAACAUUGCCCGGUAUCCGUAAGUAUUUUUUAAUGUUUUGAUAUUACACAUAAUAGACGUGUAAUAUUUAAAUCAGCAUUAUUGAUUCGUAACGAAGAAUUCCCUUAUCUUCCGUUGUCUAACACGUACGCAGCAUAGUUAUUUAAACCAAUUUCAUGUCCAUCAUAUUAUGUUCCCAUCAGUCAUAUUUUGUGUCCUUUAAAUCGGUGUAGUGAAACGGGUUCUGAAACCAGAUUUUAAUUCUGCAUAAAGUUCACAUACGAUAGGCUGGGCAACCUUUUUAAAUUAAAUUAUUUGUUUAUGAAUAAUUUACAAAUGUUUAAAUCAUAUUUUUGGAAAUUAAUCACUGAUAAUUAAAAAGUAGCCUAGCCGAUCUCGUGUACACUUAAGUGUAUUCAAAUCUGUGCUUUUUUUCAGAUUUAUUUUAUCGUUUCGUUUUAUCAAUAGGACGAAAAUUGAUCUAAAUUGCUAUGCUGCAAUGAAAAACAAGAGAAUUUCAAACUUUCCAACUUACUAAAAAAAAAAAAAAAAAAAGAUAGCAUGUUUUUACCAUGGUAACUCUGUAUAAAUGGUAUAGAUUUUUUUAAUUCUAGGUCUCUUUUCCAUUAAUUUUUGUUAUCAUUUUGAUUGUAGGGCGAAUUCGCCUACGUAAAUAUGACAAUGGAUGCAGAGAAAUUCGGAUCUACGUUCGCUUUACCUGGAGAAAAAUGGUGGGAAUCUUAUUGGAGAAUGAUCGCUUUAUUUUACGACGGACAAAACACAUUGUACGCUACUUUGAAGCUAGAUUGUUAUUUUAUAGAGUUUCGUAGCCGUAAUCGCAAACCCAUAAUUUAA